AUGGUUCCUGCUCUGUUGCUGCUCUCACUCCUUGGGCCCACGUCUGCUUGGCUGCCCAUGGAAGACUGGGGUUCUGGCAAUGUGACUGCGUCCCAGGAUCAGACGGGGAAGUGCACCUGCAAAGUUUUUCUGCCUGACAUUUCCUUCCCAGCUGACCGAGUAAUACAAAUGCAGGAGACUUCAGAAGAGCUGAGGCUGGAUGUGGAGAUUGAAAUUAACAAGCUGGUCAGCUACAAAAGCAAGCUGGUGGUGUCCUUGGAGAAACUGUCAAACCUGACCGUGCGCAUGGAGUUUCUGGAGAGUGGUCCUGACAAGUACAUUAAACUGGAGUUUGAGCUGCUCAGGAUUGAACUUAGAGCUUUUGAAGCACUUGUCUCACAACUGAAGGCAUCUUUCAACUCCUCCUCGCCCUUGUUUGAAAGCCUGUAUAUGGAGAUCCAGAAUAUGACCCUCAUCGUGGAUCAGCUGGAGAGCUAUGACAAGAGCAACCUGGAGGUGAUCCGCAUAGAGUUGGCCAAACUGCAAAAGAAGCUGGAGGACUGUCAAAAGCUGGAAGAGAAUGCCAUCGGUCCAGAGAUUGGGUCAUGCAAACAUGGAGGAAUCUUAAGCAUCAACAAACCAAUGAUCAGCCAGCUGAAUGCUCAUUUGAGCACCGCAGAAAUUUAUGGGAGUUGGGGCAAGGAUUCUAAGCCACUGCCUGGCUUUGAGUCAAUGUAUUGGUUUUCAGGGCAGACGACCCCCACAAUAUCCAACAUAAACCUUUACAGUGACUACCAGCGCCUGAUUUUAAGAAGUGCAUUUAAAUCGUAUAGUAGUUUUUAUGGGACUGGCAAUAAUGACAUUGUGCAUGGAAACUACUUUUAUUACCAGUGCCAUAACACAGCCAGCAUGUGCAGAAUGAAUUUAACCACUAUGACCUAUGAGUCCAGAGUGCUUCCUCAGGCCAGCCUCCGAUUCUCAUAUAGAUACUCUCCAAACCAGGACUUUGACUUUGCAGCUGAUGAGAAUGGACUGUGGGUGACAUACAGCACAGAGAACUCCAAAGGCAUGAUGCUCAUUGCCAAAAUAGAUGUAGCCGCCUUUGGGGUGGAACAGGUGUGGAAGACCAGUUUGUUCAGACCCUCUGUGGGCAAUGCCUUCAUGGUGUGUGGGGUUCUGUACGCUACUCGUUCAGUGAACAUUCGCACAGAGGAGAUCUUCUACUCCUUUGACACCAACACAGGCAAGGAGAGCUACAUCAGCAUUCCCUUUGAGAAGUUCCAAGAGAACUACAUGUACCUGGACUAUAACCCUGCUGAUCAGAAGCUAUAUAUGUACAACAAUGGCUAUUAUGUGUCCUACCAACUGAAAUAUAAUAAGGAAGAGUAG